AUGGAUAACAACACAAAUAUAGGCAAAUAUUUGCUUAGGAAGACAUCUCGUUACCAUUUUCAUGGCUUUGCUUUGGAUCCGCUAAGAGAAGUGGGGAUGCUUGUGACCGGUCAAAAUGAGAAGAUUUUCAGAGAUCGUUAUGGGAAUUUGUUUCCAUUGUUGAAUGACGGCCCAGAUGAUGCUGGUGAAUGUUACGGUACCAACAGUAACCAUGCCUGCAGUCUGGCCAUUCAGGCGGAAUGCUUGGUCAUAGAAGAUGAAGAUAACAAGGAAGAAGAUGACGAGCAAGGAGUAUUACAAAUCGCGAUGAAUUCUAAAGGCUGUAAUGCUUGA